AUGACUCCCUGGUCUUUGGCUGCAGCAGCAGCGGCUGCGCUGAGGCGGCAGGUGUCCAAGAAGCCCGAUGAGGCCUCCGAGGCCCCCGCCACUGCCGCGGCAGUGUCUCCUCCCGCUAGGCGGACUGAAAACGGCUCCAUUGCUCCUGCAGAGGCAUCUGCACAGGUAGAGAGCCUAGCCACUUCAGUCCGCGUGGCUUUGCGUCCUUCAGAUGCGAAGGCGGCCUCCGGUGUAGUCAGCACGCCGGUGGGUUGCCAGAGGUGGGAAGGACGCCUGUGUGGCGUCCCUGUGUCAUUUCCCUUCAGUCCCUACACUUCUCAGCAGCUCCUGAUGACGAAAGCCGUAGAGGCCUGCCUCAAGGGCGAACAUGCGCUGCUAGAAAGCCCCACCGGCACCGGAAAGACUCUCUGCCUCCUCACUGCCACACUGGCGGUCCAACAGCAGCAGCACUCGCUGCAGCAGCAGCAGCUGCUGCUUCGCAAGGUCGCAAAGCCCCCGCUGUCGGAGGCGACGGAAGCAGCGUGGAACUCCCCACAGCAGCCGCAACAACUCCAGGGCCCCCUGGUUGGGAAAAUCGUGUAUGCCUCAAGGACGCACGGACAGCUGCAGCACGUUAUAGCCGAACUCCGCAAGACUUCCUACUCAGUACCCCCAACGCAAGGUAGCUUCCUGCAGCAGCGGCAGCAGCAGGCGCAGUCUCAGCAACAGCAAUCACAAGUCCGCGAGAGGAAAAAACCGUCCUCCGUUGUGGGGUGGGGUGCGCUGGCACCCGUGCUCCCAAGUGCUGGCCCCCCUGCAGUGACUUCGGCAGCAAGUUCCACAAAGGAGGAAUCUACGCCAGCACCGCAUGCAAAGGUAGAACCAGUAACAGAAGCAGCAGCAGGGAUAGCUGCGACAGCCGGUGGCCGUCCAGGAGGAGUCCGCGUGUGCGUGUUGGGGUCGCGCGAGCAUCUCUGCGUCAACGCCUCUCUGAAACAUCUGAAGGGGGCGUCUCUGGCGAGGAGCUGCAAGCAAAAAGUGAAGGCGCAAGCGUGUGCAUACUACAGCGGGUUCAUCCGCAACCGCGAUGCCAUCUCGCAGCGACUCUUUUUGGAGGGCGGCUUAGACAUUGAAGAACUCAGGUCGCUUGCCAUCACCGGCCCUGAACUCUUCUGUCCUUACUACCAGAUGCGCGAUAUGCAGAGUCGUUGCGAGGUGGUAAUGCUGCCAUACAACUAUCUCAUGGAUUUGGAGGGACAAAGUGCCCUUCUCAGCCCUGAGACGCUCAAGCAGGCCCUCGUGAUCAUUGAUGAGGCACAUAAUAUAGAGGGAGUAGCAGAGAACGCCUGCUCCUUUACCCUUCGGCAAGUUGACGUAGGGCGUUGCCUGACAGCCUUACAGCAAGUAGCGGCCCUCCUGUGCGAUGAACCAGAACCACAAGGCGAGGCUGACCCCCCCCUACCGACUCCUGCUGCAGUAUAUACACUUGGUGAAAGCCUGCAGUUACUUGACAAGUGGCUAGCACAGCUGGAAUUGCAUCCGCCGACACCGCAGCUCUCAACUCCUCAUCGCCUUCUGCCCCUUGACGCAUUUGCUCCUGCAGUACGCGCCGUAGGGGGCCCCCUGAGAUCAUCGGGGAGUUGUGGAGCUCGCAAGCAGCAGAUCAAACCACAAUUAGAUCCUGAUGGGCCGACAGCCAUCCAGGGGUUUCUGGGGUUCGAAAGUCGAGAAGGCCUUAGACAGACGCUUGACAGGUGUGUUGGAGUAGCGCUGGCAGUGUAG